CCCAGAAAAAUAUGAAAUCGGAGAAAAAAUCGGGAGACCUUAAAAAACAAACAAAAUGGCGGCCGUGGAAGGUAAACAGAAGAGCUAUGAAGAUGUAGACCUCUUUACCAUUCCACACAAUAGGAUGAAACAUAUUUUGCAUCGUGCCUCAGACAAGGUCAAAUGUACAGAUUUUUCAUGUGUUGCAUCAUUUCGUACUCUUUUAUCAGAGCUUUUAAAGACAUUCACAGAGUUAAAACAUCAUGAGGAAAUUGAAAACAAGUACAUCAUGAAGAUACUUAAACGUCGCUUACAAGGUGAAGCACUGAAAAAACUACUAGUGCAUUUGCAUGCUCAUAGUCACAUAUCUGACAUACUGAAUCAAGUUCGUAAAACAGAAAGGGAAGUUGAGGAAGGGUUUGUUCGUGAUUUAAGAGUUCAAGGACUGAAGUUAAAUGAAGCAUUACAAGAAUUUUUUGAGGAGUAUCUACCGCAUAUGGUAGAAGAAGAGCAGGUACUGCAACCUAUGCUAAUGCAGUUCUUGCCACCUGAUGAGUUACGUCAUAUAAAGGAAAUCGUGAUUCGGCUGCAUGAACUCAAAGAUUUAAAAGAGAAACGUCUUGUCGCUGAACAGUCAUUCAAUUGUAGUUUUGGCUGCUUGUCUAUCAGUGAAGAAACAAUUUCACACGAUUUCCAACAUGAUACUGAACAAGCAAGACAGUUGAUAAAAUGUCUGCCACCUGAAAUGCUUAUGAACAUAUUCUCGUAUUUGAAUCCAAAGGAUCUUUGCCAUACUGCGCAAGUCUGUAAACAAUGGAGUGAGUGUGCAAUGAAUGGUGAUCUUUGGAGUGUAUUGCAUCCUGCUAGGUGGGCAAGAGGUGACUGGUGUUUUGGUAUUGGAGCAAAUUCCGAUGACUGUAAUUGUGAUUGCCAACCAAACUACGACUUGGUGACAUUUUCCGAUUUUGCAGAUGAGAAAAUAGGUGACAAUUCUUGUGAGAAUGAUGACAGUAGCAGUAGUAGCAGUAGCACCGAUGGUGAGGAGUCUGUUCAUGAACUGGUAAAAAAAGAAAAAAGAAUACUUAAUGGUUUAUCAAGGUAUUUGUUGCCGAAAAAUGGAAGAUAUGUGAAAACAUUUGUUUUGGAAUGUAGUAAAGCAAUAACCAAUGGAAUGAUAUUUCGCAUAUUAUCGCAUUGUAGGAAUCUUGAACACUUGGAUAUUUCUCAAACUAUUAUUUCCGACCUUGGAUUGCUAGGCUUAUUUAAAGCUGGUUGCACUAAACUGCAAUACUUGGAUGUAUCCGGUUGCAAAAACGUAACAGAUAAAACUUUAAUCAAACUUUCUAUUGCUUUGGGAAAGUCAAAGAAAGAAGGAUUCUACAGGCAGAAAGAUUGUUGUAAAAAAGUCUACAAAAAUACAUCCAGUGAAAUACGUCGAUUGCAUACUUUACGUUUAAGUGGUUGCUAUCAGAUCACGGAUGCUGGUUUGAGGGCUCUGAGUAAAUAUGGCGGCUUACCAAAAUUACGUCAUCUCGAUUUAUCAGGCUGCUUGAAUGUCUCUGCUGAUGGCCUGAGCGAGUUAAUAGACCAAUGUCCGUCAAUUGAAUCCAGUGAAUUGUUUUAUUGUGAUAACAUUGAAGGUCCUUAUGCUGACGUCGCAGCUGGAUGUCAAAAUGGUGGAUGUUUGAAUCGAUUUUGUUGCAGGAGCUUGCAAGAUUAGGAUAACGUGCUGAAAUCACAUUAUGCUGUUUUUAAUUAUUUUGUUUAUUUAAAAAUUAUUUUUUUUGUAUUUAAA